AGAAUGUCAAAUCAUACCAAAAAAAAAGUAUACAGAGCUACAAGCAAGAUUUGUCGAUCCACGUCAAAUAAAUGAUUUCUCAUUCUCAGUAAUAGAAAUCUCAUUUUGUUUUCUUGUUGCUCCCUCGAACACGAAGACGGAUGUUGCGAUCAAAUUCAAUUUCUGUGAUUUAAGAAUUCACUCCAAUGUAGUCAAUAAGUUGAUAUAUAUAGUAAAAUCUCACGGAUAAAUAUUCACGAUAUAUACAAAUACACAUGCAGCCGUAGCAGCAGCAGCAGCAGCAGCAAAGUGAACACAAUUUAAAUAAGGAAAAUCAUGAAAUUCGAGUGAUCAAAAAUCAAUGUGAAGCAACAAAGAAAGCGAAAAUUGUUGUUCUUUUCGUCAAAGUUGUAACAACAACAAAAAAUAUCUUAUAAGUUUUUGUGUUUGCAUUUCUCUGUGUGUGUUCAUUGCGCUCAUACACAUUUGUUUUUUCUCUGUUAUUCAUCAUUGCGAACCGUUUUUGGAAAAAGUUCGUCUCUUUGUUUCGCGUCGCGGAGUUUAGUCACAAACAGCAAGAUAUUGUAAUGUGUUGAUUGAAAUCUUUGUUGGUUGUCUUUCAUCCAAAGAUUCGCAUUCGAAAACAACCACUUCAGUUAUGGUUUGGUAAAAUAGAAUAAAAGUCAAUUUCUAAUCGGUGAGAGCCAGUGAAUAAUCAUAAUAACGCGGAAAACAAACGCAGCACCAACGACAGUAGCAAAACAGCAAUCUUUCUAUUAUGUAGUGGAUUUACGAGGGAAAAAAAGCGAGAAAAGAUAAAUAUUUUCGUCAAUUUGAAUGGAAUACACAACGAAAUUUAUGUCAUUUGUAACGAAUUCCAAAUGGAUUGAGUGGAACGCAAAGUACAUUGAAAGUCGCAGGAAAAAAUCAAUGUUUCAAUAGUGAUGUGAUAUUAAAGUAGUAUAAUGAGUUGGAUACUUAUUGGGGUGAUUCUCACCUUGGCGCACACAAGUCGACACAGAUCUACAUUUGAUAGGAUUAUUAACACAAACGGACUAGUUAUUGAUGCAUCACCAGUUCCACCAAACGCUCCAUUCUUAAAACCAAUCAAUCCAUACAUUAAACACUGGGAAGCAGCGCAUUUCGAUGCGAAAAUAAUCGCAGCUGCACGGCAUCAACACGAAAUCCGAAGACGAAAACGACAUGCCAACAGCACAAUAGCACAUGAUGCCGCAACAACAACAACACCAGCACCAGCAGCAUCUUCAGUCAACACCAUAAAAUUUCAAUUUUUUGCCCAUAACAGGGAGUUCCGAGUGUUGCUACGUGAAGAUCCCAAUUCAAUAUUUUCACCAAAUGUCGAAAUUGAAAAUACCGAUGGACCGAUACGUUACGAUGUAUCGCGCGUAUAUUCAGGAACCUUGGAAGACCAUGAUGAUAGCAUCGUUCACGGCAUUUUGACGGAGAAUAAUUUAUUUGACGGAUCUAUUAUAACACCAACCGAAAACUAUUACAUAGAACCAGCAUCCAGGUAUUCCAAUGAACUGAUCGACAAUGGAAUACACACAAUUGUAUAUAAAAUAAGCGAUGUACACAUGUUACCGCACCAAAAACCAUCAUCCACUGAUCCAACGACGGCAAAGCACUACUGUGCCAGCCAGCGACUCCACAAGAAAAUGAAAAUGCGCAACAAAAAGCAGCAACUCUAUGAUGCACUGGACAUAGAAUUAAGUGAUAAAAAUACAAUUAACAAACCCGUUCCAAGUAAACACUCAUCGCGUAGCAAACGAUGGUUAGCGGAUGAGUUACUUGAGAGCCGUGAUCCUCCAUUGCCCAUAGAUUUAGAUGCACCGUACAACGAUGAAUUUACCGUUUUCAGUCGAAAAUAUAACAAAGAUCAUAACACUGCCAAAACGGACGAACCAUGGAGGAAUAUUUUAAUUACCAGCUACAAUGCGAAAAAUGAUUACGCUUCGAGAAAUCUGUCGAAAAACCAUCCGAAUGCCACCGCCGGAAGUGGCGGUGAGGAGAGAGGCCAGUUUCGAGAACCCACUCGCAUUUUGAAUGCAACAUAUUCGAGGCCAAGCCAUAAAACGCACGUCGAAAUCAUUACGAAAAAUGGUGCUACGAGAAAGCCAAACAUCAUUGGCAGCAACUAUAAUCCGGAAAUGAUAUUGACCCGCAACAACUUCCAUCAUCAUCAGCACCAUUCGAAUAUCAACAAUAACAUUCAUUCGAAUAGUAUUGAUGCCAAAUCCACGUAUGACCGCAAAAGUACAUGCAUGCUAUACUUGCAAGCCGAUCACACGUUCUUCGAAAAACUCGGAUCGGAGGAGGCAAGCAUCGAAGCAAUUACACGGCAUGUGCAACGUGCCAAUACAAUUUAUAAAAACACAGAUUUUAAUGGAGAUGGCAAGGCUGAUAAUAUAACAUUCAUGAUUAAGCGAAUAAAAAUACACACAUCGAAUGCCUUAAAAGACACCAAUUAUCGUUUCCCGGGAAAUUAUGGUGUCGAAAAGUUUCUAGAGUUAUUUUCCGAGGAAGACUACGAUGCAUUUUGUUUAGCCUACAUGUUUACAUAUCGAGACUUCGAAAUGGGUACGCUUGGCUUAGCAUGGACAGGUGACUUGAAAAAUGCUGGCGGUGUCUGUGAAAAGAAUGGCCACUAUCGAGGUUCAUUAAAAUCGCUCAACACUGGCAUUGUAACACUUUUGAACUAUGGCAAACACGUACCACCCGCUGUAUCGCACGUUACUUUAGCGCAUGAAAUUGGUCAUAAUUUCGGCUCACCGCAUGAUCCAGAGCUAUGUACACCGGGCGGUGAAGAUGGCAACUUUAUAAUGUUUGCCAGAGCAACAUCCGGAGAUAAAAAGAACAAUAACAAGUUUUCACCAUGUUCAUUGAAAGCAAUCGAACCAGUGCUCAAUUCCAAAGCACGCUCCAGCAAAGGUUGCUUCACAGAACCUCAACAAGCGAUUUGUGGCAAUGGUGUUGUCGAUCCGGGUGAAGAGUGUGACUGCGGUUGGGAAGAGGACUGUAAGGAUUCCUGUUGCUAUCCAAUGUCAACGAACCCAAGCAUCGAUGAGAAACCAUGCACAUUAACACCAAGAGCAUACUGUAGCCCAUCGCAAGGGCCGUGCUGCACCACAUCGUGUACGCUGAAAUUCGGUGAUAAAUGCCGUGACGACAAUGGUUGUCGCGAUCCAAGCUUCUGCAAUGGACAAACAGCCCAUUGUCCACCAUCGGUGAACAAACCCAAUAAAACGAUUUGCAAUAAAGAGUUUGUUUGCUUCAUGGGCGAAUGCACCGGUUCAAUUUGUUUGGCCUAUGGCUUGGAAUCGUGCCAAUGCAUUCCAACGGCCAAUGAUCCAAAGACAAAAGCCUGUGAACUCUGCUGUAAAUUACCCGGCGAAGGGAAUCCGUGCAAAAGCUCAUUCGAAUGGAAUGAUAAACCAUACGAUGUACCUGAUAUGUAUUCGAAGCCAGGGACUCCGUGCAAUGAUUAUAAUGGUUAUUGUGACGUCUUCCAAAAAUGUCGAGAGGUUGAUCCAGCUGGGCCAUUGGCUACACUGCGCCGACUUUUGUUAUCCGAAGAGUCAAUUGAAUCGUUCAAAAAAUGGGUUAUGUCCAAUUGGUUCGUGGUUGCACUCAUAAUCAGCGGCAUUAUUUCAUUAUUGAUUUUGAGUACGAGACUAUUCGGAAAGGAAAUCAAUCGUAAGUCGAAAUCAGUGACGAUAAUCCAUAGCGCGACCACAGAAACAGUUCGACUGCCUGAUGAUAGCAAUGGGGUAAUCGUGCACGCUGCGAUCCGAACGAAGGUUCCGCUGAAGAAAAAGGUGCGUGGCGAGCGCAGCAAAACGAAGCGGUCGUCCGCUUUAAAGAAUGCAGAAAGUUCCUCUAAAAAUGUCGAAAAGGCAGCCACCACUGCCGGUGGGGUGGCCGCAGCAGUAGCAGUGCCCACAACUUGUAAUUCAAAGAGUAAAACACUCAAGAGUUCCAUUGAAAAGCACACAAAGAAGAUACGGAGUCGAAAGACAACCGAUGGUACACGUACCGAAAGAAAGAUAUCGAAAAAUCCGCUGGCUUCCACCAUGGCAAAGGUGAAAAGUUCGAGAUCAAAAUCGAAAUCAGCGUCAAAAGCAAAGGAAAUGUUAAACUAUAGCCAGCGUGCAUCUGCCGAUGAAGAUAAACUGAAUGCAUUCGGCAAAGUGCAACAAUGGCUACUCGAUUCGCCGACGCAAGCAACGUCAGCGCUUCAAGAAUUAGAUCAAUUAGAUAAAAGCCGACCAAUGUGCAAAUCCCAAUCGCAAACGCAUAAUCUAAGCUCAACGCAAGGUUCACCGAAAAAGGUGAAAUCACUGAGUAAUUUACAAGAGAAGGUGAAACUGCAAGUUGUUUAUAAGCCACCAUUUAAGUUAAGUCUAAAGCUAUCGAAAAAUUCGGCUGUGCAAACGAGACCCGUGGCCACCGCAAAUCCUGCUGAAGCGUCACGAAAUCGGCGGGCCGGACGUGUUGACAAAGCUCGCAAAUCGACCGGUAUGACGGAGAAGAAAAAACCGCGAACAGCAUUGUUGCUACAGUCGAAGAGUGGGCGGGAUGUGGACGAUCAUGGUUUUCGAUUGAAAUCAAAUCAUCGUCGAACCGAAGAUCGGCAACAAUUGAUGCCGGCCGCCGAACGCAAGCAAGACACGCUUGAACUGAAAGCCGAACAACAAUCCAAUAGUGGUUCGAACAGUAACGGCAGAGGUGCAAUAAAUGAUGAAAAGAAUGCCAGUGGCAAACUCAUCGAAACAACAAAUCCAGUGAAUACCGAUACAUUUAAAAUCAGUAAAACGUCCAGUGGAACCAAGCUUUUAUCGAAUAGCAGCAGUGCGCUGAAUGAAAUCGAUAAUCCACCAUCGCUAAGCAUGGGCAGUGGUGGUGGUGGUGGUGAAAAAAGUAAAACAUCGAAUGUCGGCCAUCGGAACAGCUUUAUAAAUAAUAUCCGUAAUAGUGGCACCGAUUAUAUGGCAUCAUCGUAUGCACCAAAUCGAAUGUCAAGUACAUCGAAUUUAUCGAAAAAUGAUUUGCACAAAAUCACCCGGUCUAGUACAACGAAUCUGUCGAAGAAUCAAUCGCAGCGCAAUAGUUACGAUGUGAAACCGUACAAUUUUCACGACGUAAACCGUAGCAAUAGUACGCAUAAUUUUAGUAAAGAUCGUCUCAGUGAAGCAUUGCAUUCAAAUUUGCUAAAACAACCAUCGCACACACGAAGUUCCAAAACUAAUUUAAAUAACAGCGAAAAUGGUUCACUGCCAUCGUCAGCCGGUUCCUCUACCUCAUCAACGAAUACGAAUACGAAUUCGACCACAAAUAUGAAUGCAAUAGAUCCGUAAAUCGUACCGAUUGAACGUGACGAAUGUUCCAAAUAAAGAAAAAAGAAGAAAAACUAACGAACUACACGCAGAGGAAAACAAAGUGAAGAAAAACGCAACAUUACACAAACACGAACACAGACACAAAAAUAAUAACUAGAACUAAUCUCAAUGUCUUUUGGUUAAGAGAAACCCCUGAUACUGUUCUCGUUUCUUUAUUAUUAUUUUUUCGUUCUUCUUUCGUUUGUUUGUUGUUGUUAUUGCUGUGUAGAGAUGUCGAUCUAUAUUUUGUACUUAACGGAUAUACGCUUUAUUGUAAGGUCGCAAACAUUCGAUUGGAUUCGCAUUGCGAGCGAUAUACAGAUAUAUAAAUUCCUCUUCAUUUCAACGCUUGGCUUGUUCUCUUGUUUUGUGUUUGCUUAACAGAAAAGAAGAAGAAGAAGUAGUAGAUGAAAAAAUGAUCGAUUUUUCUUUAUUUUAUAAUUAGCGUGAGUAUUCUAUUAUACAGGUAUAACCUUUUGCAUCAGCGCUUCCAGAAUGUAUUAUUAACAAUCACCGAAUACAAUCACCAACGAGAAAAAAAAAUCCGAUUAUUUUUUAAUUUAAAUGUAAAUUUUCAAACGAAAAACACUAACUAACGAACAACAAAUUAUUAACACAAAGAAAUUUAGCUAAAGAAACGAACAAAAAAAUGAAAAGAAA